CGUGUGAAAAGUUCACUCUCACAACAGCUAUCGUUCAAAUAACAGUCCAAAUCUUCUUCAAAAAUGCCUCCUAAAUUCGGUGGAGCCGAGAAGUGUGGUAUUUGCGGAAAGUCUGUGUAUGCUAACGAAAGAAUUGAAGCUGGCGGAGUGCCAUUCCACAAGUUCUGCUUUAAAUGCAGUGAAUGCAAAAUGCAACUGAACUUAAACAACUAUGCACAAGAAGCAAAGACGCUAUAUUGCAAGAACCAUUUCGCCUCAUGCGUGACGGCAAGGAACACCCAGGCGCCGGUGUUCUAGCGGUUGGAUCGGCGGACAGAGGAAUAGGAGGUCACUUUAAACUGCAUUUCCCGUCCAGAUCUUCUUCCCUUACAACUUACCCUGAGAGCGCUGUAGAUUAAUUCAUCAUGCACACACAAUACACACAUGUGGUAUUUAGUAAAUACGGAAAGAGUUCGUGAAUGUAAAUGAUAAAAGCAGAGAAUGUGGAAGAGGUUUUCGUUGAUUUUAGUCGUUCAUUUAUGCUUUUUUAGGAUAUAAUAAACUUCUCUCAUACUUCUCCUGAGUUAUCCCUGCCAUAACACGCCUUUUAUAUCGCACUAAUCAGACCUAGAACGACUUUCUGAUGUUUUCAUUUGUGUCCUUGUUUCUGUUCAUCUUUUUACCUGCAAGUCAAUAUUGAGUGAUACCUAAAAAUCACACGCCGCUGAAAGAUUCGAACAUGACACCAAUGUUUUUGACGAUAUACCAGUAAGCAAUACUUGAAUUUUACAUUGGUAUAAUUAAGUUGUAUAUUUCUGUUAUCACAAAUCAUUUUGACCCUUUACCUCGCAACUGCCUUUCAAAUCUGCAUAAGGGAGAUAACCCGAAUGUGUUCAACGUUUUGAUCAGAUUAUCGCUGUUAGCGUCACUAAUGGUAGGGGUUGGAGGGAGAUAACUCUAACAUUUCAUUGUAGUUGGAAGUUAUGUAGUGUUUUUAUUGAUUUUGUUGAGAGUGUGUCAAUACUUAUUUAUGUCAUGUUAUGUUUCAAUAAACAUUUUCACAAAUUA